AGAGGUUUGAAUGCAGUCUCCCCAGCCGCCAUGCUGAGCUGAGAGAGUGCGACCAGUCAAACUUUGUCACGCCGCUGCUGCACGGACCUUCAUCUCCGUACUCACCGGGACUAAGAGCAACACUUCCACUCGACUGCUGUUGAGACAUUUGCCUCUUCCUCAACCAUUCCUAACUUCUGUGUGGAGAAAAAGGGAAAAGGAAUUUUAAUGCAUCAGUAUUCGCUAGCCGACGCCAUGACGGACAACUUGAGGAUUUUAUAAUUCUCUCCAGAGGAAGAGCGUCGCGUCUUGUAAGGAGCCACAGAGGAAACUUCACAGUUCCGAAGUUAUCAGAGUCUAACAUGGGAUUCGGCGUGUUGGGAGUGUUUCUGGGGCUGCUCCUCGAGGUGUCCACGCAUGGACCCAACGCUGUGCCUCGAACCUCCUGGAGACACCAAGAUUUAGAUCUCAUGGAGUUUUCUGAGCCGGGGAUCUUCAACUACUCCACGUUGUUGCUGAGCGACAAAAGAGAUGCGCUGUAUGUGGGAGCACGGGAGGCCAUCUUUGAGCUCAGCAAGAAGAAUGUGACGGUCAAAAACAACAAGGUCCAGUGGACAGUUGCAGAAAACCCCAUGGUGAUGUGCACUUUAAAAGGAAAAUCAAAAGAGAGGGAUUGUUUAAACUACAUUCGAGUGCUGCAGGUGGUAGACGAUGAGCGGCUCUACGUCUGCGGCACUCGCUUUCAGCCUCAGUGUGACUACUUGAACCUCGCUGACUUCUCCUUGGACCGUCAACCUGAAGACGGCCGGGGGAAGUGCUCCUUCGACCCGUCACAAAGCUUUACUACCGUCAUGGUUGAUGGAGAGCUGUACUCGGGGACAGCUUAUAACUUCUUGGGCAGCGAACCCAUUAUGUCCAAAUACUCUCCCUCCCAGUCUCUGCUGAGGACAGAGUACUCCACAUCAUGGCUCAAUGAACCAAGUUUCGUUUUUGCUGACGUGAUCAGUGAAGGCAGUAACCGAGUGGAUGGCGAGGAUGAUAAAAUCUAUUACUUCUUCACUGAGGUGUCAGUGGAAUACGAGUUCUUUGGCAAGCUGCUCAUCCCCAGGGUGGCGCGCGUCUGUAAGGGCGACCUCGGGGGACAGCGCACUUUGCAGAAAAAAUGGACGUCCUUCCUGAAAGCCAAGCUGGUGUGCUCCAUGCCUGAGCUCAACUUUGUUUUCAACGUAGUUCAUGAUGUCUUCAUCCUGAAGGGCGCCGACUGGAAGGACACCGUCAUAUACGGGGUCUUCACCUCCCAGUGGGGUAACGUGGGCCUGUCAGCAGUGUGCGCUUACAACAUGACAGCUGUGGAAGAAGUCUUCUCUAAGGGCAAGUACAUGCAGAAGGCCACAGUGGAGCAGUCCCACACCAAGUGGGUCCGGUACAACGGCAUCCCUCCUACUCCACGUCCUGGAGCAUGUAUUAACAACCUGAUGCGACAGCAGAACAUCAGCAGCUCUCUCCACCUGCCGGACAAGACCCUUCAGUUUGUGAAGGACCACCCCCUGCUGGAGGACCCCGUCUUGCCCAUCGGCAAUGGGCCUCGCCUCAUCACCAAGGACGUCAAUUACACCCAAAUCGUUGUGGAAAGGGUCCGCGCGCUCGAUGGAAACAUUUACGACGUCAUCUUCACUGGAACUGAUAAAGGAGUCAUGCACAAGUCAGUGGUGUAUGAAGGAGAGGUGCAUAUUGUGGAGGAGAUCCAGCUCCUGAAGAACUCCGAGUCCAUCAAGAACCUGCUGCUGUCCUCUGAGACACGAUCUCUGUAUGCCGGUUCAGACUCUGGUGUAGUUCAGUCUCCCACAGCGUUCUGUGGCCGGUACCGAUCCUGCGAUGAUUGCGUCCUGGCCCGGGACCCUUACUGUGCCUGGGACCCUGACACUGCUGCCUGUGUCAAUAUUCUCGAUACCACAAAACAAUGGCUUAGGAGGCUAAUCCAGAGCCUGAAUGGUGACGCGGGCAAGUGUCCUUCAGCAUCAGGACUGUCUGUGAAGGACUACCAGCGUGUGAAAGUGAAACCAGGAAGCUCUGCUGAGCUGCCAUGCCUGGUACGCUCCAACCUGGCCCAGGUGAUGUGGAAAUCCAAUGGCUCGGUGCUCACUGAGGCCUCGCGCUUCCACUUCAUAGCCGAAAACGGUCUCCUUAUUUACAGCGUGGCCCCCGAGGAUCAAGGUCACUAUGAGUGCUGGUCUGUGGAAUGGGCCCCCGCUGCUGGGAAGAACUUCAGCCGCCUCCUGGCCGGAUACGUCCUCUCUCUUAUUCUCCCACCCAGAGCCCCUCAGCAGGCUGGCCACGUGACCACCUCCCUCAUCAGUCAGGAGACAUCUAGCACACAAGCAGCUGAAGCUUCCUCUCCUGUCGACACUUCAUCUUCCCUGUCCACUUCCUCCUCUUCUUCCUCCUCUUCUUCCACCUCUUCCUCCACCAAGCCCCACAGUGUGGAGGCCCGGGAGGCAGAGGUGAGACUGUUGCCCCCCCUGCUGAAGGACCAGGCCUGGGGUGUUCACGCCCAGGAGGCUUUCCUGCUCUUCUGCCUGGCCUUGGGUCCCAGUGAUCUCCACAUUCACUGGCUAAUAAAUGGGCACAGUUUGGACACCCCCAUAAUGGAGCACCGCCAUCUGCUGGGUCAGAAGGAGGUAUUGGUGAGCAGCUGGCUGCGAGAGGGGCCGCUGAUCAAGGACGCCCGGUACCACUGUGUCGCUGAGGCCAGUACGGGCAACGAUAUGUCUGAGGUGGACCUCCGCCUCACUAUUGGAGAUGAGGAGAGUGUCCCAUCCAAGGAUUUGAACCAAUGGAGAGGUGCACUCACAGAGCAUGAGCGACUGCUCAAAAGAUGGGCAAAGGCCUGGGAAAGCUGUGAUGGCCACUGAGCUUUGUGAAGACAUCAUGAGCUUCACUUCAACUUGUUGGCGUGUCUUAUUGUGAACAAGGUCCUCAGCCCAGGUGGACAGCACCUUUUGACACUGAAAAUAUCAUUGACUGAUGGAAUACGAGAUCCCAGUGUCGUUUCUUAUGUCCGAGUUUGAUGGAUUGUGAAGCAAAGAGUUCACACCUGCUUUCUGCAGAGGAUCAUCUGGCUGUGAUGAUGAUUAUGACGGUUUUAGGACUCCUUCUAAAACUGAUGAGGAGAUGAAGGUCAUCGAUCUAAGGACAUGUGGGCAGCCUUUCUUCCAAACAUGCAUUUAUUUCUUGUUUUACUGACAGAAAUGAACUUCCUUAACGCAGUAUGGAACAAUAAAAAGCGGAUGGUAUAUGAGAAGCACUGAUCAGUAUUUUGAAGGAAUGCAGCAUCUGUUUAUGGUUUGGUUUAUUUAGGUGUUUGCACUUUCUCCGCCUUACAAUCAUCAGCAAGGAACUUUAAAGCUACCUUGCAGUGUGACAUUUUACUUGAAAUUAUAAUGUGAUUUAGUAUUUAUUCGGCUUUUUCCUUCCAGAGAGUGAAAUCUCCAUCUUAUUUACAGGGUUUUGAUUCCAGUAAUGGAAUAGGUUACUGUGGGAAGUAGGGUUCUUUUCAACCACAGAAUAUCUCAGAUGUUUGACAUUAAGCACGAUUAUAUCAACAGAAGUGGCAUUAAGAUAAAACAAACCAUCAUUUAAAUGUAGUCCUUGGCAUAGGUUGAAUUUUUUUCUGUGCCUUGCUGCUUUCUGUCUGCACUUACUUCUUUUUCACGUUAACGCUGUGACAACAUAUUUGCCUUUGGAGCAGAAAUAGCUUUAUUAAUAAAACUAUUUAUUAGAA